ACGGAGGAGCAGGGCCUGGGCCUUUGGCCUCACAGAGUCAAACCUGCUCUGGGAAGAGCACCCAGUUGUCCCUCCCAGGCCACCCAAGCCCCACGGAUGAUGGACGAGAGGGGGGAGGAGGAGGAGGAGGAGGAGGAGGAGGAGGAAGCCUGGCUGCAGCUUCGGCCCAUAGAGCCCUUGCCCUCCCAGUGCUGUGGCAGUGGCUGCUCACCUUGUGUGUUUGAUCUCUAUCACCGAGAGCUGGCGAGGUGGGAGGAAGCGCGAGCCAGCAAAGACAGGAGCCUGCUGAGUGGAGAGGAGUCACAGAGCUGCCCUUCCAAGCUGAACCCAGAGACCUUCCUGGCCUUCCGCAUCAGUGCCGUGGACAGACUCACCAAGGACACUUACCAUGUUCGGUUUGCACUACCCAGGAACAGCCGGCUCGGCCUGCGGCCUGGACAGCACCUCAUCCUACGAGGGAAAGUGGAUGACUUAGAAAUUCAGAGAGCCUAUACGCCCAUCAGCCCUGCCAACGCGGAAGGAUACUUUGAAGUUUUAAUCAAGUGCUACCAGACUGGGCUGAUGUCCCGGUACGUCGAGUCCUGGAGCGCAGGAGACACUGCUUUCUGGCGAGGUCCAUUUGGAGACUUCUUCUAUAAACCAAACCAGUACGGUGAGCUCCUCAUGCUGGCUUCGGGCACUGGCCUGGCCCCCAUGGUGCCUGUCCUGCAAAGCAUAACAGACAAUGCAGAGGAUGAGACCUUUGUCACCCUGGUCGGCUGCUUCAAAACGUUUGAGGGCAUCUACCUGAAAACCUUCCUCCAGGAGCAAGCUCGUUUCUGGAAUGUCCGUACCUUCUUUGUACUCAGCCAGGAGAACUCUCCGGAGCAGCUUCCCUGGAGUUACCGGGAGAAGACCCGCUUUGGCCGCCUGGCCCAGGACCUGAUUGAAGAGCUGGUUGGCUCCUGUCGGAGAAAGCCGUUUGCAUUGGUCUGUGGCUCAGCAGAGUUUACCAAGGACAUGGCCAGGUACCUGCUGUGCGCAGGCCUGGCCGAGGACUCCUGCUUCCUCUUCUAGCCCUCGCCAGGGUCCUGCCACUGGGACACUGGAGGAAGCACGGACUUGAGUCAGAAAACAUGAAGAGCAGGCCUGGCCCUGCUGCUAACUGGCCAGGUGACCUAGGUGAAGGUCUUUGCCUCUGCACACCUCCGCCUCCCAUCUACCCCACGGGGUGGCCAACUCCCUCGGGCAGACAUAUUGCUGUGUAGAAGGAGGAUGGGGCCGCAGGAGCUCUUAGGAGGAGAGCCACCAGCCUGGGAGUCAAGGGCUCCCUGGAGAAAGUCAGGUCCAUGCUAAGCCGUGGGAUGGAUGGGAGUUGGCAGGAGAAGGUGCAGGAGGAGCUUCCCAGGUUCCUUAGAUUAGGGGGCUUGGGGACCCCCAUCUGCCCCUGCCCUAUAAAAGUCUGUUCAAAAGUCUGCUUUCCCUGGAAGAUGUGUCUCCUCAGGGCUGGCUCGGAUAUGUUGCUUGCAAAUGCCUAGGGAAUGAGCGUAGGGGUAGCUAAGAGCUCUUUGGAGGAGGAACCUGCCUUAUGUACCUCCAGUGCCUCAAGCCUGACACAGCGGUCUCAGCUUCUGUGACCUGAUCACAUUCUCCGAGCAAGGUGGGCCCUGGAUUACUUUUAUUUCGUAUCGGGCCCAGGCCUUUCCUGCUGCAAACGGCUUCACUCUCUGUCUCCCUUCCCCUGUCUCAAGAGCAAGAGUCCUUUCCUGAGCAAAAGAGAUACGGAAACAAACACCCCUCCCCGCAGGCAGCCAGCUCAGCCCGCCUUCAGCUCCUCCGGAGUCCUGGUGACGGUUGCUAUGGAGAUCUAAAGAUAGAGCAGGAGUCAGGAGACCUGGGUCCUUCUCUCUGCUCUGCCCACUGAGCAGCUGCUGAUUCCGCUCCACCCCCGAUGCCCUCCCCACCCCGCCCCCCUCCCCACCCCACCCUUCCAUCCUGCAUGGGGCAAGCCCUCCCCAGGUACCCGGUACUCCCGGGCAGCACCCUGAAGGUCAUGAAUUCUGGUUUCCACAGCCUGGGCUCCACUGUGCUGAAGCAGCCCUGGCUGGCUGGGGGCACUUCCAGAAUCGGAAUAUUAAGCCAUGAAAUCUCAGAAUCCGAGAAGCGUGGAAUCAUAGAAUUAGAACUUUAUAGUCACGGAAUCACAGUCCUCCUCACACCAGAGAUUAAAGUUCAGGACUCCAGAAAGCAUCCCGUCUGAUAGACUCAUUGUGUAAACGGGGAAACCAAGGCCCAGUGAGGCUAAGAGAUUUGCCCAGGGUAAAACAGUUCAUGGCAGAGUUGGCACUAGAAGCCAGGUCUCCCGAUGUCACCUGUACUGAGAGCUGUGUAACCAGUGAUUUUCAAACUGGGCUCUGAAGGACCCUAGGGUUCUUGGCAUGGCAGCAGAGAAGGGACAGCCAGGUGGGAUCUCCAGGCCCCCUUCAACCUUCAACCCGAGCAGUUCUGUUUUCGUCCCAUUUAUAUAUUGGGGUUUGCAGUCAUUUCCAUUUGUGAGAUCAGAUUUUCCUGCGUUGCCCAGAAAGUUGCAGCAAAUCUCCGUGCUGUGCCAUGUUCACUAAACAACCAUGGUGAGCAGAUGGGGGAUGGUGCCAAAGGUCUCAAACUACAUUUCCCAGGCACAAUUCCUCGGUCACUUAGAUGCGGCAACACUGCCUGUGACCUUCGCCAAGACUCCCAUGCACAUUAGCAUAUCAAAGGCUCUGAAAAGUCCAAUGACAAAGAAAAUUUUUUUUUCAUUUUGUUUAACUCAGUUUGCCACGCUUAUUUAACUACAGAACAGUUUGAUCCACUAGAAUCUUUUGAGACCAGCAUUCCAUGGACUGUCUUUGGGGCAUGCCGGUCUGUCGCGCAGCCUCUUUUCGGCUCGGUGUAGUGAGUGGGAAGGCCUGCACUGAGCCUCAGAGGUCCCGAGUGGGAGCCUUGACCUCUUACCGCCUCUCCUGUGACCUGGGCAAGACACUUCUCCUGUCUCCAGGCCUCUGAAAUCUGAGCGUCUUCCAUCCGCUUCCCCUCCCCCAGUGCAUCCUAUUGACGCUACUCACAGAUAGUCCUGGAGGGCCUGUUUUGAGUCAGACUGUGUGCUCCCACUAGGGAAACUACAGUGAACAAGGCAGAUGCGGUUCUGGUCGCUCUGUCCCAGAGCUUAGAGCCCAACAAGGAGUACGAAAACUAAACUUGUAAAUCUAAAAGGGAGGAGUGUGCUAGAAAGGGAAGGACUGAUGCUAGGAGAGCGGAUGGCAAGGGCUUUUAGCCUAGCUCUUGGGCAACCGGGGACAAUGCCACUGCCCGGAGGGUAGAGGCUUCCAAGGCAGUACUGUCAUUCAGAGUUAAGGUUGGUAGGGAGUCCCCCCCUUAAGAGAUGGUGGCCUGGGGCAGUUCUUUUGUGUCUUUGUCCCAUUUUAUAUAUUACAUGUUUAAAUGUUAGACAUGGCCAUGCAGUGUUAACCAGCGGCCCCUCUUGUCCUCCCCUUCCCGUCACCCCACGUGGCAUCCAUGCCGUCUGGAUACUGGCCCCCAUCAUGGGACAAUGGUGAGGACCCUUGGCCAUGCCUUUGGUACCGAGAUGCCAAAAGGGCUUCUGUCAUCCAGAGACUCGAGAGCUCGUGCCUUGCAAGAUGAUAAGUGACCCCAAGAAGGGGACUGGUUGGGGUGUAUGAGGACACGCUGUUUGAAUUGGAGGUGAGGCUCUGUCAGCUGGCCCGUCCUAUCUGUCCCUCCUGAUGAAGCCCCCUGCUGCAUGUCGUCAGUGGAGGGGGGGCACACAGUUGGGGUGAUGGCCUCAGAAGGACCACUGCCUGCGUUCACCGGCACCGUGUCUCACCUGCACGGCUUCCCAGGGCCCCCUCACUGGUCUCCCAGGCCCUCCCCUCAUGCCCUCCAUGCUAUAGCCAGACCUGAUCUUUCAGUUGUGGUAAGAACACUUAACAUGAGAGCUACCCCCCUAACAAAUUUUGGUGCACGGUACACUAUUGUUGACUGAAGGUACGGUGUUGAAUGGCAGAUCUCCAGAGCUUAUUCAGACCGCUUUUUUUUUUUUUUAACAUGCAGAUCUGAGCCUGUCACUCCCUUGCUUCAAAUCCUUCAGCUGCUCCCUGUUGACCUAGGAUGCGGCAUCUCAGCUCUGCCUGCCUCUCCAGACUCUGUCCUGUCCUCACCCCUCGCCCCCACCUCGUAGGUUGUGCAUGGAUACACUUGCUCUCGUGCCAGCGCGUCCCUUCACGUUUGCUGCUCUCUGUGUCUGGGCCAUCCUUCCACCCUUCCCACUUCCGCUUGCCUUUGCCUCCUGGUCCCUUGAGGACUUAGCUCGGUACCCCUCCCUCUCUGAAGCUGUGCCUGCUCCCACCACUCCGGGCUCCGUUAACGAGCAGGUUCUAUGUGUCCUGCUCCUGCUGUACCUCUCAGACCGUCCAGUCUGCACGUGAGCACACCAUGGGCCUGUGCAUGGUGUCCCAGCAUGGGAGGGCGUGCAGUACAUCCUGAGUGCCAAAUAUCUGCAUAGCAAACCACGGAUAUUCGUGGGUACCUCACGGGUUGCAAAAUGCAUCUCAUCUCUGCCAAAGCACCUAAUGGUCACCAAAAUGCAUACUAUUUUAUUACCCCAACCUACUGAUGAGGAAAACCAAGCUUCCACGACAUCAAGCAAUUCUACAAGGUCACGUAGGGGUGCAUAAAUUCCAACACGCUGCAGUUGUUAUAAAGGUUAUAUGUGACACAUGAGUACACCAGGAGAUGUGUGUAAAGGGUUUCAUUGCUGCACUGUAUGAAACAGCAAAGAAUCAAAACUACCCGUGUGUCCAUCAAUAAGAGACUAGAAAAAUAAACUUCUAUAGUCACACAGUAAAAUAACAUAUAGCAGCUAAAAUGAAUGAACUAGACCUACAUGUGUCAGCAUAGACUCAAAAAAUAAAAACCCAUAAUAACGGAGUGGAAGUCAAGUUGUAGAAGGAAGGGUACAGUGAGAUACCACACUCUGAAAGUUAAAAAACGCAAAACAAUGCCAAAUGUUCAGGAAGGGGGUAACCAACUUUAAGGAUGGUGGUGACCUCUGGGGAUAGCGUGGGGUGAGGGCUUUUCUUUUGAUGUCUGCAUCACUUCAAUAUAAAACCAUUUGAACUGAGUAUGGCAAAAUAUGAACAUCCGGUGAAUCUGGGUGAUAGGGUCACUGAUGUCUGCUUUUUCUGUGUUUGAAAUGGUUCCAUAAUUAAAGCUUUAAAAAGGAAGACUAAAUAUGCCUGGUCAGUGUGCUUCAGAAACUAGAGGCUUAAAGACAUUCAUUCCCACCCCCCUCAGG